AUGGCCGUACAGAUCAAGGACGACCAAAUCUUGGAAGUCGAAUCGGACACCACUUUCCUCGUUCACUCACAAUCCACGCCCGACAAAUCAUACACAGUGAACCUGGAACACUACACUUGCACCUGUCCCUCGUUCCCGCUUAUACCCUUCUGCAAGCACAUCUGUGCUGUCGAGCUGAAAUUUCCUGAUGUUGUGGUUCCUCGAACGCUACCGGUUGCCUCCCAACCUUGGGACAGUGAUAUCGACACCUCAUCGUCCACUCAUUUGAUGCCGACACUUACUACUUCUGGCUCAGACAAGCCACACAACUCUUCAGACGUCCAGGACACUGCUCGGGACGCCGCCCUUCUGCAACGUCUUUCAUCGAAGAUCGACGUGUUACGUCGCCAAAAGUUGACUCUCCCUUGGGAUCUCUACCAGCAUCUCGAGCGGCUGAGUGAUGCUCUCUCAGAUAUCACCAACGGAGCGGAGAUCUUGCCUCCGCAAGGAAAGAAGAUUGCUCCCAACCGUGGGACAUGGAGCGAAACGGCGGAAGUUAUGGGAGUGGUGGCCGAGGGUGCUCGGAAACGGAAACACGCCAAUGCGCACAGUGGCAGUCAAGCGAGCGGUAAAUACGCGAAGCCUGACGCACGGACACAGAAGAAGUCCAAGGUGAUCUCCGAGUCGAAUGAGGUGCCAGCGCCGCCACCUUCCGGUGCAGAUACAAUUAUAGCCGAGCGAGCUUCACCAGAUGCUAUUACGAAGCUUCUAGACGUCAUUCAACAGUAUAAUCGAGCAUAUCCCCCCCAUGUUCCCUUAACUACAGCGGACUUCUAUAGAAAUACUUCUAGACCUCAUUCAACAAUAUAA